AUGAUAAAAUAUCGAAUGGUUAAAUUUUACUUCAAAAAUUUAAAUUUCACUUUAAUCAAUAAUAAAACUUAUUUCCUAGGAAUGGAGUCUCAGUCACCUUUAAAGAUUUUAUUAGACUCAAGAACCUAUGCCAUCUAUAAUUUUAGGUCCUGCAGUUAUGAGUCUCUCUAUCAGUAAUCCCUAUUCAGCUCUAUUGCCAAAUUCAUAGAUGAUGACGACCCUACCUUUGAAUUACUGGUUCCUUUCGGAAAUAACUGAAUUCAUAUAAAGGAUGAUAUUUCAUUAACUACUUAUGUUCUUCGAGCAGUUUGCCCACUUAUUUAUGUUAAUGAACCAGGUAAAUAUUAUAUAGGGACUCCUUGUAUAUUAAGAGCACAAACUUAUAAUAUAACAAAAUUUGAUGAUGAUCCUGACUGAGAUAAACGGAAACAUAUGAUUGUCCAACAAAUCAAAAAAACAAACCCUGAUAUCCUAUGUCUGCAAGACAUAAAAAAUGACCCUUAUCAUGGACAAUGUCUAUUUGAGAGAACUUUUAGAUGGCUUACAGAAAGCUUUUUAUUAGACAAGCCCAAAGGAAGAAACAUGCUUAAAGAAAUAUUAGACGCAAUACCUGAGUAUCCGUAUUAUUAUUGGCAUGAUUCGAUGGUUUAUAAGGAUGGGACAAUAGAAGGUAUUGCCGUUAUUUCAAGGUAUCCUAUUUCUGAUGUAACUUCAAUAAAACUUUCAUCAUCAAAGGAAGACUCAAAUGAAAGGUAUUGUAUAAGAGCCCUUAUAAGCCACCCAAAAAAAGCAUUUGAAGUCUUUAAUGUCCAAAUGACAACUGACAAUAAGCGCCAAGUUAUGCAGGCAUCAGAAAUCUUAGGAUUUAUGGAUAAAAGUGAUAAAGGGAGGAUUCCUCAGAUCUUGUUAGGAGAUUUCAAAAUCAAAGAAAAAUAUCAGGUGCCUGGAGAUGUAUUAGAAGGAAAAUACCAUAUAAAACAACAGCUCAGCACGCUAAAAGACGCAUGAAAAACGAAGGAAAGUGAAGGGAAUGGCUUCACUUAUCCAAGCUGGAGUUCAUAUAAUAGAUUUGAUAGGAUCUAUUAUAGAAACCUUGAAGAGCCGCCUAAUUGUGAGGUCGUUGGAAAAGCAUUGAGUAAAAAAACAUGGGCAUCUAGCCAUUGCUCAGUAUAUGCUGACUUCAUUCUUUCGUUAUGUUAA